AUGAAGACAUUAUGGAUGAUGACUGAUCCAGUUGCGAUGAAGACAUUAUGGAUGAUGACUGAUCCAGUUGCGAUGAAGACAUUAUGGAUGAUGACUGAUCCAGUUGCGAUGAAGACAUUAUGGAUGAUGACUGAUCCAGUUGCGAUGAAGACAUUAUGGAUGAUGACUGAUCCAGUUGCGAUGAAGACAUUAUGGAUGAUGACUGAUCCAGUUGCGAUGAAGACAUUAUGGAUGAUGACUGAUCCAGUUGCGAUGAAGACAUUAUGGAUGAUGACUGAUCCAGUUGCGAUGAAGACAUUAUGGAUGAUGACUGAUCCAGUUGCGAUGAAGACAUUAUGGAUGAUGACUGAUCCAGAUGCGAUGAAGACAUUAUGGAUGAUGACUGAUCCAGUUGCGAUGAAGACAUUAUGGAUGAUGACUGAUCCAGUUGCGAUGAAGACAUUAUGGAUGAUGACUGAUCCAGUUGCGAUGAAGACAUUAUGGAUGAUGACUGAUCCAGUUGCGAUGAAGACAUUAUGGAUGAUGACUGAUCCAGUUGCGAUGAAGAAAUUAUGGAUGAUGACUGAUCCAGAUGCGAUGAAGACAUUAUGGAUGAUGACUGAUCCAGUUGCGAUGAAGACAUUAUGGAUGAUGACUGAUCAAGUUGCGAUGAAGAAAUUAUGGAUGAUGACUGAUCCAGAUGCGAUGAAGACAUUAUGGAUGAUGACUGAUCAAGUUGCGAAUAAGACAUUAUGGAUGAUGACUGAUCCAGUUGCGAUGAAGACAUUAUGGAUGAUGACUGAUCCAGUUGCGAUGAAGACAUUAUGGAUGAUGACUGAUCCAGUUGCGAUGAAGACAUUAUGGAUGAUGACUGAUCCAGUUGCGAUGAAGACAUUAUAG